AUGACUUGCCAAGCAUUUUCUUCAUCUGACACCUUUGUACCCUUGAAUUCUGACUCUUCUCCCUCUCUGCCUUUGAUAAUGCAUCACAGCGCCGCAGAGUGCCUGCCGGUUUCUAACCAUGCCACCAAUGUUGUGUCUACAGUGAGUUCAGUACUUGCCUUGCUCAGCAGUCCUACCUGUUCCUGUAUCCACUUUGCUCUGCAAAAUGCUUCAGCAGGACUUCAUUACUCUGUGCCUUCUUGUCAUUAUGGAAAUCAACCAUCUACCUACGGUGUGAUGGCAGGCAUCAAGCCUGCAACUCCAGAGAUGUUAUCAGCAAGUCUCUCCCAGAGUCGUAUUUUACAGACAUGUAGCAUGCCACAUCCCAACGUGGUAAACGGUGUCAGCACCUUGCAAAGCAACCUUACCCCUUGCCUCUAUAAGAUCCCGGAGCACGCCCUGAGCGCCAGCUCAUGUGCCCUAGGCCAUGGCUUCACACCCAUGCACCAGUCCCUGCUGACAGGGGAUCCCACCAGCGCCGACUUCAAGCAGGAGUUCCGCAGGAAAAGCAAGCCUGUGGAAGAGCCAGUGGAGAUGGACUCACCCGAGAUCAGGGAGCUGGAGAAGUUCGCUAACGAGUUCAAGCUGCGCAGAAUCAAGCUGGGCUAUACCCAAACCAAUGUUGGAGAAGCACUGGCUGCUGUGCACGGCUCUGAAUUCAGCCAAACGACUAUUUGCCGCUUUGAAAACCUGCAGCUGAGUUUCAAGAACGCAUGUAAACUGAAAUCCAUACUGUCCAAGUGGCUGGAGGAAGCAGAACAAGUAGGAGCUUUGUACAACGAAAAAGUUGGUGUGAAUGAGCGGAAGAGGAAGCGCAGAACCACCAUAAGUAUUGCUGCCAAAGAAGCCCUAGAGAGGCACUUUGGAGAACAAAGUAAGCCUUCUUCUCAGGAAAUUAUGAGGAUGGCUGAGGGGCUCAAUCUUGAGAAAGAAGUUGUGAGAGUUUGGUUUUGCAACAGAAGACAAAGGGAAAAAAGAGUGAAGACGAGUUUACAUCAGAACGCCUUUAGUUCUGUUAUCAAGGAGCACCACGAGUGCCAGUAAAGCUUUUACGUGUACAGAUGUGGGCUUCUGCUCUGCUGUUUGUGAAUAUUGUAAAUAGUGUGUUGGUUUAACAAUAACAGAGAGAAAGAGAGGGAGAGAGAGGAAUAGAGGAAGAGAGGAAGAGAGGAAGAGAGGAAGAGAGGAAGAGAGGAAGAGAGGAA